GAUAAUACGGCAACGCAGCUCUCUCCCAUCGAAUAUGGCCGCCGAUUGUUGCUCAGUAUAAGCGUCCCAAACUCGUCCGGGUCCCGAUUUUUUUAAACAAACAUGAGCUCAAUCAAGAGUGAUACCAACCGCAGAGUGCUAGCUAUCCAGGCAAAGAAGAAGAGGUACAAAAAUUCAAAUAAAGGCAAGGGGCGACCGAGAGAAAAGGAAACGAGAGAAGAAGAUUCCAACAAAAAGGACAAAAGGCCAACAACUAAACCUACAGUGAGGAAUGACGUCAAAGGAUCCAUUUCUGAAACACUCGAUGAAGAUGAAGAGAUCCUCGGUUCCGAUGAUGACGAACAAGAAGAUCCAAGGGAUUACACCAAAGGUGGUUACCAUCCGGUGAAAAUCGGCGAUCUCUUCCACAAUCGAUACCAUGUCGUGCGCAAGUUGGGCUGGGGCCAUUUCUCCACCGUCUGGCUCUGCUGGGACUUGGUGGCGAAACGGUUUGUGGCGCUCAAAGUGGUCAAGAGCGCGUCGCAUUACACGGAGACGGCGCUGGACGAGAUCAAGUUGCUCCGUUGCGUCCGCGAGAGCGACGAAACGGACCCAAAACGCGAGAAGACGGUCCAGCUUCUUGAUGAUUUUAAGAUUAGCGGCAUUAAUGGCACGCACGUCUGUAUGGUCUUUGAAGUGCUCGGUCACAAUCUUCUCAAACUCAUCAUACGCAGCCAGUACCAAGGCAUUCCUCUGCUCAACGUCAAGACCAUCAUCCGCCAGGUUCUCGAAGGUUUAGACUAUUUGCACACCAAGUGUCGCAUCAUCCACACGGACAUCAAACCCGAGAACAUUUUGAUUUGCGUCGAUGAGCCAUUCAUUCGGAAACUCGCAGCCGAUGCUACCCAGUGGCACAAGAUGGGCAUGAAACUCCCCGGUUCUUUAGUGAGUACGGCGCCAAAAGAACUGCAGUCUACCAAUACGACCAACAUGUCAAAAAGCAAGAAGAAGAAGAUGAAAAAGAAGGCCAAAAAGAAGGCGGAGUUACUGGAAAAGCAGCUCCAGCAAUUGGAGGAGCUGGAAGAGAAUCUCCAGAUUAACGGAUGUAAAGAGACGGAAACAAACGGAACGAGCUUGCAAGCUGCGGAUGAAGCGUGCGCGGCGAAUCCCACUCUCAGGAACGGUGGAUCCAACAAUGUAGAACAUCGCAAGAGUUUUGCGGAGAUGACGGAGGCUCAAGUUCAUCCGGCUUCGUCUGCUUCCGCUCCCGAGGGCUUCCUUAACCCUCAGGAUAAUCCGAACGGCAACGAGAACUCGACGACCAGUGAAAGCGGAAUGCGUCGCACGUCUUCGGUUCCAGAUCAGCGGUCGUUGCUGGACAAGAGACCAGAUCCCGUCCGAGAAGUCUGGCCUGACAUGUUGGUGAAAAUUGCAGAUUUGGGCAACGCCUGCUGGGUGCAUCACCACUUUACGGAGGAUAUUCAAACGAGGCAAUACCGUUGCCUUGAAGUUUUAUUGGGUGCUGGAUACGGGACUCCGGCCGAUAUUUGGAGCACGGCCUGCAUGGCGUUCGAGCUGGCGACCGGUGACUACCUGUUCGAGCCGCACUCUGGCGAGGAUUAUUCGAGGGACGAGGAUCAUUUGGCCCACAUAAUCGAACUUUUGGGUGAUAUUCCAAAACACAUUGCGGCUUCUGGGAAAUACUCGCGGGUCUUCUUCAACAAAAAGGGAGAAUUGCGGCACAUCACGAAGCUGAAGCCGUGGGGUCUCUUCGAGGUGCUAACGGAAAAAUACGAGUGGGAUAUCCAGCAAGCGCGGGACUUUGCGGAAUUCCUGCAUCCCAUGUUGGCGUUUGAUCCGAACCAGCGAGCGACGGCGGCCGAGUGUCUACUUCAUCCGUGGCUUACGGGCGUGCCACUUGACGGCCAUCAGCAGCAGUUGCAGGCCGAGCGCCGUCAAUGUUUGUCGUUUGUUCACCAACCGACCGAAGAGGUUGGUGGCUUGGACGAUGAGGAGGAGGAUGACGACGACGAAGAUGAGGACGAUGAGGAUGACGAUGAAGAUGAUGACGACGACGAUGAUGAUUCGCCUCGGCAAGUCGUCGUCCCUUCAUGACAGUCUUCCGAUUUGACCGCAAUUCGUCGCUCACAUUGAUCAACCACCCGACCACUUCUCCAUCAUCCCACCACCCCACACUAAAGACAUAAAAGAAACACAUAACCAUCAUCUCUCAUUCAUAAAAAUGGUCCUGAAAUUAUUUUUUUGGAUUUUUGAUUCCCAUCCAUUCUUCCAGUUUGUUGACUUCAUCUAUUCCACCUUAACUUUCAUGAAACACAGUCCCUGGGCAGGGAGAAUCAUAUCCAUUUGAUGAGAAAACAAGCUGUCCCUCCACUAUCGUUCCCUCCCAUUCUCGUGUGUUUUCGAAUCAAAUCAGAUUUAAAAAUUUUUAUUUACACAAUUUGAUGGGAAAACAAGACAGGCCCUUGCAAAUGGAAUUCCAUCACUAUUAUAUCACCAGUCGCUUGGUCUGCAUUCAUAUAGAAACAAUAACAAAAAACGGGAAAAGUUUGCCAUCACGAGGAUUUCCAUUCCGAUUGCGGAAUGCGUUGCGAAAUUUAAUUUGCCGAUCACGAGACUCGGCGUCCAUUUGACCCGCUGGAGCCGUCGUUGGCCGAUUUUUAAUUUAUUUUCUUGUGAGUGAAAGGAUAGGCAACGCCUGCGUCUCGCCCAUUUAGACAUUGAGACAGCAUCGCCCGGAUGUUUGAAAAAAGAGAAAAGCGCCGACGCGUUCACCGUCGCUGAAUUUAAAUUAUUCUUUGAAUGUCGUCCCGACAUUCCAGACCGCCGUGACGGUACUCGAGAUGGCAUGACGUGUCUUGAAUUUGAUCGUCAUUUGUUCCCUUUUUUUUUUUUUUUUUUGUCUUGUCUUUCUGUUAAUGAGCAAAGUUUGGAGACUUAACGAACUUGGGUGGCACGAGAGGUGGGUGGCACUUACCGGUCGUCACAGGAGACAUUACGGAAUGGUACCUUAUGUGAUACGCCGUCGUCGAGGUCGAUUUCUUCAAAAAAAUUUCCCGUUUAAAAAAUGUCUUUAUUUUUAAAAAAUCUCGUUUAGCCUGCGGGGUAGGGUGUGGGUAGGGGGGGGGGGUUCACGUGUCGGUCGAAGAAUCCCAGGGCAAUAUCUAUCUCAUUGAAGUGGGUGAUUUUUCCUUUUUUUUUUCGUUUGCCUAUUGAUGUUGAUGCGUGAUGUCGGCAAGUUGUACUCGAAAAGGUGGAAGCAAAAGACAUUGGUAGUAAAUGGGUCGCUCGAUUCGGUUAGUAGAUUGACUCUUGUUGCUCUCUCCUUGUACACCACCACCCACUCUCUACCCCCUUCCUCACCCAAUGUUUAUUAUAAUUUCAACCAAUUAAGUCAUUGUAGCCCUCGAUUGAAGACAAGUGAAGAUGAAGAAGGAAAUUGUUGAUUAUCUUCCGAGUGCAAUCUACGGUUCUCUUGUAUCUUAUGUGACGCAAUCAACUCACCAUCCCUCCCUCGCAGUCUGUCAUCUUUAUUAUUUUUUUUUCUAUUUUCUGUAAUUGAGACGUCGAUCAGGAGGAGAAGGUGUAAGAAAAUGGUUCGAAAAUGAGACAAAAAAAAGUUUUGUUUGAGUUUUGUGUAUGGAAUCCCAACUCCCCUUAACCUUAUAGUCGUCAGUCGCGGAUUAUGUCACCAAUCCUGUAAAAAAAAACGAAAACAAAAUAAAAUAAACCCCAUGUUUAACUUCUG